GAGCCAGGCGGAGAAAAGGAAAACGUUCCUCCGCGCCUGCAGGGGUGCUAUUGGCAAGAAGGACUCCCACCGGCGUCUCUGUGUGCCUAAAAGAUAAAGUUAUCGCGUCCGCUGUCAUGUGUGCAGUACGGUACGCCUGCCCUGCAAGUUAACAGAAACUGAGGCGAGUUAUAUUUAGAAAUGUUUCAUGGAAGAGGCUCUGUCUCAGGAGAAGGUGGUGCGAGCGGUCUGUCGUUAAUCUACGGGACUCAACUGUCUGGCAGAAGAAAUGAUCACAAAUUGUGCUUGGAUUUCCCCGAAGAAGACGAUGUUCAGUUUGACACUUCAGACUCACCCGACGAGUGUGAAGUUGUGAUGGGCACCAAGAAAUACCCCUCGAUGGUGGAGCUCACUGCCGUGAUUCCGAACCAGCUCCUCUUGGGGUCUCUGCUGGAACACCUGUGCUGCGUCUAUGAGAAAGACCCACAGCGCUCACGAGUUCUGUUUAAAGUGAUAUGUCAGAAAAUGGCGGCCAUGAACCUGAUUUCUCCAUUUGUGUUCAGCGACGAGUUCAGUACCGUAAGGCUGCAGCACAACCAAGCUUUUGCCGAGCUACUCCAAGCAGCAAGCCGCACACUACAUCCACAGGAACUAAGACUUGCUGAGUCCAAUAUGCUCAGGAAUAAUGCCAGACUUAGCAAAGCACAGACAUCUCGAUACCUCAGUGAGUUUGAAGAGAUUGCCAAACUUGGGAAAGGAAGCUAUGGGAAAGUAUUCAAGGUAAAAAACAAGCUGGACGGUCAGUUUUAUGCAGUGAAGAAAGUUAUUAUCAGGAAAGCUACAAGGGACGGCUGUUUAAAGGUUCUCAGAGAAGUUAAAGUCCUGGCUGGUCUUCAGCAUCCUAAUAUUGUGGGGUAUCAUACAGCCUGGAUCGAGCAUGUGCAGCCACUGCUGGUAACAACCUCAUCGCCCUGUUUUCGUAAUUUGCCAGCACUGGAGAAGCCUUCAAUGCAAGAAGAUGUGGAAAGCAGCAGCAGCAGCACUUCUAUAGUCUUCGCCAACUCCAGCGCUGCAGCCGUCAAUAAAGAAGCACUGCCCAAACUAGACUGGCGAAAGGAGAGUUCACAGGGUACCUCAUCCUCUCAGAGAGUCGACAGGUCCCUAGAGGAGAAGCACGGUCUCCGGGGUUUAUCUGGACACUGUCGUAAAGGAGUGGUGGAGGACGUGGUUCCCUGUGCAUACAUUGGGUCCCCCAGGACUGAAGCAUUCGACGCAGACAAGAGCUCGGGUGGGUCUGUGCCCACAGACUGGAGAGACUGGAUCACUAACAGCUUCUGGACAGAGAGUGACAGUCAGCUCUGGAGCGAGCAGUGCCCACAGAAGGACAGGCGUGUACACAGAUACUCGGAGGUGCAGUUCCACCUCAUGCUGUACAUGCAGAUGCAGCUCUGUGAGAUCUCUCUGCAGGACUGGAUUUUAAACAGAAACACGGGGCCAAGAGAAAACUCAGCUGCUGCUGGUCCUUACUACCUUGUUGAUGCUGAACGCUCAAUAAGCAUCUUUCAGCAAAUACUGAAAGGUGUGGACUACAUUCACUCCAUGGGAGUCAUUCACAGAGACUUAAAGCCAAGAAACAUUUUCCUUCAUGGACCCGAUUGCCAUGUCCGAAUAGGUGAUUUUGGGCUGGCAUGCAGAGAUAUGAUCAUUGAAGAUAACGAACAGCUGUCUCCAACUACAGAGACCAGCGGUUUUGCACAUACCUUAGGAGUUGGAACGUGUAUUUAUGCUUCACCUGAACAACUUGAAGGAUCCUGUUACGACUCAAAGUCUGAUAUGUACAGCAUGGGCAUUGUGGCUCUGGAACUCUUCCUUCCUUUUGGAACGGUGAUGGAGAGGGUGAAGACCCUGACUGCACUGCGGGAGGGGAGGAUUCCCAGCUCCUUCACUCAGCAGUGGCCUGUUCUUUCUAAACACAUCAAGCUGCUGAUCAGCGAGGUGUCUUCCUGCAGACCGAGUGCAGCACAGCUGCUGCAGAGCGAACUCUUUCACAACACAGAAGAGGUUAUUCACAGUUUGAAAAGGACAGUGGAAGAACAGGGUGAAGAAAUUGUAAAACUGAAGGAACAAAUCAGCCUGCUUCAGAAAGGCCUUGGAGACGAGACUACUUCUCCGCUACGUGAAUCGAAUGUAUGAAACAAAAUUAAGACAGAACAAAGAGUGAAUUUGUAACUAUUCAAAAUCUGUUGUAAAUUUCAUAAAUAUAUUCAUUUUUGUAUGCUUGUACAGUAUUCCUAGUUGUAAACAGCUUCAAAUAAACAUACAUGGGUAUUCAAAACGUACUAUAA